UGUAUGGGUGCACAUUGUUACACUGCAGUAACAGUAUUGCUGUUUACCAGCGAAGUUAUCAUUUUAACUUUGCUGCUUUCCGGAACCCCAAAGAUGAGCGCCUUCCUGUUAAAGUUCUUUCCUGUGAAUACAAUUUGCUUUACAGUACACAAUUGAAAAGCUCUUCUGGCUGAAGCAUUUGUAAAUUAAUGUAUUAAGUUGUUUUAGCAUUUCAAAAUUGGAAACACAAUCAGUACGCUUUCUUUUUUUUCCAACCCAUUUUCAGAUGUUCAAACAAGCAGUUCUGUCUUUCUUUUUUUCUCAGAGCCCCCUGUUUGCUGUUCUCUCUGCUGCUUUAUUUCCCUUGCCCUUUGCAGUAUAAAUGGUCACAUAUCAAUCCCACACACAGAAAACCAUGCCUCAAUUAAAGAGGACUGUGAAGGAAUGGGCCCAUUCUGUUCACAUAAGCACUUUUUUAAUACCAUAGUUAAAUAUUUUUUUCCCCUUACAAUUAAUUAUAUGAGACCUGUUUGAAAUAAUAAGCACAUUCUGGUAUGAUCUGGGAGCUGCUGUGAGUGCACUUGGAUUCCGACCCCAGCGAGUGGGAAGAGAUUGCAAUUCAAGGGGCAGGGCUAACACAUAUUGUACUGAACUAUCCACACCACUAUAGAGUAAACAGAUUGAACCAUUUACUCUAUCUACACUGAACGGAACUCUGGGCUCUGGAUAAAGACAUCUCAAUCUGCUGGCUUUCCUGCAAAGAGAUGUUAAAGUAAACAGAACAAUGCCAGAGGAAGAGGGAUACUGCAGGGAGAAGAUCCAAAGCAACAGAGAGCACUAAGACUAAUCACAGAAGCUAGGGCUUCGGACCAGCAGCAUUGCCAGGGGUUGGAAGUCAUCAAUAUUCUCUCGUUAAGAAGAUAAGAUAACUGUAAAACGAUCCAAGAACAGACCAUGAAGCCUUGCAAGAAGGUGCAGUCGUUCGUGAACAGUCUCUCCCGCAGGAAGCCCCUGACUGCAGAUGGAGAGACCAACCUCUGCCGUUGUCUAACCACCAUUGACCUGGUGGCCCUGGGGGUGGGCAGCACACUGGGAGCUGGAGUCUACGUGCUGUCAGGAGAGGUGGCGAGGGCGACUGCAGGGCCCAGCAUUAUCAUCUGCUUUCUGGUCGCGGCCAUCGCCUCCAUCUUCGCCGGGUUAUGCUACGCAGAGUUUGGCUCCAGAGUACCCAAGACGGGGUCGGCUUAUUUGUACAGCUAUGUGACUGUUGGGGAAUUGUGGGCAUUCAUCACAGGAUGGAAUUUAAUACUUUCUUAUGUGAUAGGCACUUCAAGCGUUGCAAGAGCGUGGAGUGGCACUUUUGAUGACCUGAUUGGCAACCAAAUGGCUCGUUUUCUUGGCGAACACACUGGAAUGGGGCUGCCGGGUUUGGCUCCCUUUCCAGACUUCUUUGCCGCUGGCCUCAUCAUGCUGCUAGCAGGUCUCCUUGCAUUUGGAGUGAAGGAGUCGGCGAUUGUGAACAAAGUCUUCACAGGGAUCAACAUCCUGGUCCUAGUGUUUGUCAUUAUCAGUGGAUUUAUCAAAGGAGAUCUCAAGAACUGGGAAAUUGGCAAAGACAUCCUUCUGAACGCUACAAUAGAGGCCAGGAACCUGUCCUCCGCUGUCAAUGUGACCAGUGCGUUUGGUGUGGGAGGGUUUUUCCCGUAUGGUUUCGAAGGCACUCUGGCCGGAGCCGCUACCUGUUUCUACGCUUUUGUCGGGUUCGACUGCAUCGCCACUACAGGGGAAGAGGUGAUUAAUCCCCAAAAGUCCAUCCCUAUUGGGAUUGUCACCUCCCUGGUGAUCUGCUUCCUGGCUUACUUUGGCGUCUCAGCCGCGCUGACCCUCAUGCAGCCAUAUUACCUGCUCAGCACGAACAGCCCUCUGCCUGUAGCCUAUGACUAUAUCGGAUGGGGUCCAGCUAAGUAUGUGGUGGCUGUGGGCUCUCUCUGUGCACUGUCCACAAGUCUGCUAGGGUCCAUGUUCCCGAUGCCCAGGGUUCUCUUUGCCAUGGCCAGGGAUGGAUUACUCUUCAAAACCUUGGCUAGAGUCAGUUCACGCCAGAGUCCAGUUAUAGCAACCCUCUCAUCUGGAACAGUAGCUGCUAUCAUGGCUCUCCUGUUUGACCUGAAGGCCCUGGUCGAUAUCAUGUCCAUUGGAACUCUCUUUGCAUAUACAUUGGUGGCGAUUUGUGUCCUAAUCCUCAGGUACCAGCCUGAUUUCAGUAAAGAUGAUCCAGAUGAUCUGAAGAAAGAAGGGGGUGGGUCCAAACUAUGGUUCUUAAACCCCCCUCCAUACCCAACUCGUCAGACAUCCACCCUGGUGUCUUCCUGCACAGUACUGUUAGCUGUCCUAGUCACUGGCCUCAGUGUGGUGCUGACAAAGGCAAUACAGUCCAUACUGGAUAAGGAAGUGUGGAGCAUCAUCUUUGUGGUCAUUGUUCUUCUGCUAAUCAUCUUCUGCAUCAUAAUCAUCUGGAGACAGCCCCAGAGCCCGGUCAAAGCCUCCUUCAUGGUCCCCUUCCUGCCGUUGCUUCCUAUUGUGAGCGUCUUUGUGAAUGUGUAUCUGAUGGUGCAGCUCGGAGGUGACACCUGGAUUCGAUAUGCUAUCUGGAUGGCGAUAGGAUUCCUCAUUUAUUUUGGCUAUGGGAUUCGUAAUAGUGAGUAUAGAAAGCUUCCCCCAAUCCAGGACCAGGAGGUAAAGAUUGACACGAUCUCAUUGGACGGAGACGUAAUCAAACAGCAUCGCUUCUGAACAUGAGAGAUCCAGAAGGAAUGGAAUCAGAGACCAACCGGUUUAACAAGAUUUAGAGACUGUCCCUUUAAAAGAAAUAAUUGCAUUCUGCAAUUGCUAAGUGCUAAGUAAAAAUCUUAGCACAGGUAGAGGUAAACUAAAAACCUUAAAGGGGAAGCAAUUAUGAGCUCUCCACAUUUCUAGGCCACAUUAUAGUUCACUAUCAAGUACCCCAGAGUGCUGUGAAGACUUGUUCCUCCUUUCAGUUUGUCUGGCUUAUGGUUGCAGUGUUAUAUAAAACACAACAUGUAUUCAUAUCAUAACAGACUGGAGAAUGCACAGAGCUGAGUUCAAAUCACACUGGUAAACAACAAGACCUUCGUGGAGAAAAACUCUGUACCCAGGUGUUUAGUACUAAGGGAUUUUUAUAACCCUAUUGAGACACUCAAAGGUUUUACUAGUUAUGUGUAUUAUAUUAAUUCAGAAUAAUGUGUGACAUUCCUACAAAACCAAACCAAACACUGAAGUGUCUUACUUUUAAAGGCAGUAUUAUAAAACCAAGCAUUUGUUUUUGCACAGAUGGGGAAUGUGGUACAGAGAUGUUUUACAGCUUGUGGUAAACAACCUAGAGGCCUAGUUAACAGGAUGGUGAAAAUGAAAGGAGGCAGAAAGACAGAUUCCAAUGAAAUACUUGACAAUCCUGUGUGAGGUACUGCAGCUCAUACAAACCCACGAUAUUCUCUUUUAAAAGACUGAUGCAAUUCUUUAACAAUACUAAGCACGGUACCAUUUUCAAGUAUCUCAGCUAGAGCCUGGGGAGAGGUAACCCAAUCUUGAACACAUAAUAUCAAGCCGGUAGGGUACUAGCCUCACGGAAUAACACAUGAUGAUCAGGUUAACUAUUUCUGGAUAGUUACAGUUUUAGAGAAAGAACAAUAAACCACUUACCUAAAGAAUAGAAGUGCUGCUCCUACCAGCAUUGCAUAUGCCUGUGUAGCUUUUACACACUGCAUUCAGAAAUCUGGAUUCCAUUGCAACAUAGUGUACUGCAUUCUUCUUAAUCCAGAGCAUUCUAGUAGGGAUUCUAAAGGCAUAUUUAUCAUUGAGAUGUGAUUCAUCUGUAGGCAUUCUGCUGUCCUUUAUUUAGUACUGCUGCAAUCAGAGGCAUGCACUGGCAUUAUGGGGUCCCAAAGAACCCACAUUAAAAUUGUGAACCCCAUUAUUAGGGCAGUUUAUAACAAGCGAUCCAAUGACUUAAUAAUAAAUAAUAUGUUACGCAUAUAAGAUGUUAAUCAAUGAUUCCUUGUGAUAUGAGCGGAAGGGGGGGAGUGUAAUGGGGGAGUGACCACACAUUCCAAACAUCCAUGCAACA